CUGCGCGUUUCUGUCGCGCCCGCAUCUCCCGUCGCCUUUACGUCCCCUUUUCCGUAAAGAGGUUGGACGAGUCCCCGGCAGGGGGAGAGCAGGCCGAAUUGCCCUCUCGCUGCUCGAGCCCGUGGCUUAGGAGCUUAGCCCGUGGAAACCGAGCCGUGGAAGGGAGAAAAUCUGAGAACUUCGGGACGGGGCUCGCUAAGACUCCGGCACAAGCCUUGCCUGGAUUGCGAGGGGGUGUCAAGUAGGCAUGGGCGAUGAGAGAGCGGAGAGUUGGGCGCAAUGGCAAGAGAGGUCGGUCGGGGGUUAAAGCAGAGGGAGGGUGGACGCUAUAGUAUUUGGAAGAGCAAGCGGUGAAUAGUACACCAAGCGGGAGAAGAAACGGCGGUGACUCAGAGCAGCUUGGAGAGCAGGAUGGUGUGAUGCAAAGAGAAACGCGCUCUUGGCAGAAGGCGGCUGCGAUUCCCGGGGGCUGCUAGAGCCUCCGCGCUCCAAAGAAGACCUCGACCCGGGGGAAGGGCCGAUUUGGACCCGUUGCUCAGUUGGAAAGGGAGAAGGCCCCCUCCCCUGGGUGCCCCCACGGCCUGGCAGCGGAAGCGCCCGUAUUCGCCGAGGCGGGAGAACUGCCCUGACUUGAUGGCUGCUGACGCCGGCAUGAGGACGAAUGGCGGAGAUCCCAGCGGCAGGAGAGCCGGCAGCUGCCCGCCCUGCAGCUUCAGCUACACGCUGCCCAGCAUCUCCUCCAACAAGCUCCCCGACCUGUGCUUCAUCAGCCGAGGCGCGUACGGCACCGUGUCCUCGGCGCGCCACGCGGACUGGCGGAUCCCGGUGGCGAUCAAGUGCCUGCAGGGACCCCUACUAGACAGCGAAAGAGACAAUCUCUUAAAAGAAGCUGAAAUUUUACACCAGGCAAGGUUCAGUUAUAUUCUACCAAUUUUGGGAAUUUGCAACGAACCUGAAUUUCUAGGCAUUGUGACAGAAUAUAUGCCAAAUGGGUCACUGAAUCAACUUUUAUAUGGUAAAAAUAUAUACCCUGAUCUUGCUUGGUCGCUGAGAUUUCGCAUUCUUUAUGAAAUUGCCUUAGGAGUCAACUAUCUUCACAACAUGAAUCCACCACUCUUGCACCAUGAUUUGAAGACCCAGAAUAUUUUACUAGACAGUGACUUUCAUGUUAAGAUCGCAGAUUUUGGUUUAUCAAAAUGGCGCAUGGUAUCCAUGACACUCUCGCGAAGUGAGAAAUCAAUGCCUGAAGGAGGAACUAUAAUCUACAUGCCUCCUGAAAAUUACGAUUGCAAUCAAAAAACACGUGCAAGUGUAAAGCAUGAUAUAUAUAGUUAUGCCAUUAUUAUGUGGGAAGUGAUGUCAAGAAAACAACCAUUUGAAGAUGUUAUAAACCCCUUGCAGAUUAUGUAUACCGUGUCACAAGGAAAGCGCCCGGACACAAGUGAAGAUUAUUUGUCACUUGACAUUCCUUACAGAGGGUUGAUGAUAUCAUUAAUGGAAUGCGGCUGGGCCCAAAAUCCAGAUGAAAGACCUUCUUUUUCGAGAUGUUUAAUAGAGCUUGAACCAGUGAUGAGAAGUUUUGAUGAGAUACCUAUUCUUCAAGCAGUGAUAGAAUUAAAGAAAGCCAAAUCUCAGUACGAGUGGCGAUGCAUUCACUUGGCUAGCAACAGAUCCAGUGAUGAGUCAAUAUCUUUAAAUAUAUCAGUGCAUCCUAGUCUACAGGAGGAAACCCAUGUGUCCAGAUCACAAAAUGAUGGACAACCUCUACAAAGUGUUCUUCGGGAUAUGUCAAAACAGUGCAAUGUCCUUUCAGAAGGUAGCGAAGACUCUUCUGGUGUUCCACACUCACUGGUUAGCUGCAUCUCACUGCCUCUGAAUAUCCAGCCUUAUGCUUCUCAACGGAGCUUUUCCUCGUCCACCACAAAUAGUUCUAAUUCAUCGAAUUCCAUGCCAUGCAUGCUGCAGCCAUCAGGACCUAACUCAGAUUUUUUGAUGAAGACUCUGCAACCACAGGACAUGACCGUAGCGCACCAAUGGAUCCAAAAUAAAAGAGAGGAAAUAGUCAGCCAGAUGACUGAGGCUUGUCUCAACCAGAGCUUGGAUGCCCUCCUCUCACGGGAUUUAAUCAUGAAAGAAGAUUAUGAACUUAUCAGCACCAAACCAACAAGGACCUCCAAAGUCAGGCAACUUCUUGAUACUACUGAUAGCCAAGGAGAGGAAGUGGCUAGGGUUAUAGUGCAAAAACUGAAAGAUAAUAAACAGAUGGGACUUCAGCCAUAUCCAAAUAUUUCUUCUGCAAAUAGGCCCACAUCCUUGAAUUCAUAAACAUCAACCUAAAGAACUCACAGUGUUUCCUUAAAACUUGGAGUCCUGUUUCCAAAAAGUCACUUUAUGUAUCUGUUGCAUUGCUGUAGAAUGGUCUUUCUGAACCUGGUACCUUCCAGAUGUUUUAGAGUACAACUCCUAGUACUUCUGCUUACUGUCUCUGCUGUCUUGGACUGAUGGAAACCGAGGUCCAAAACAGCGGGAAAGAUCCAGGCUGGGGAAGACUGCACUACAGUGAAGUGCAGAGGUGGGGUGGGAGGAGGGUAAGGGUAACUGAAAGUAUUAAAUGACCUCCUUGUCAUUUUUAAACAUUUUAUAAACUAUUUUUGCACCACACACUUGGAGUUUCCUCACUUAAUGAAGACACACAUAUUUUGUGGAUCUUUAAAAUAGGGAAAAUAUAAACUAUCAUGGAGAAUAUGUGUGGCGUUACUGUCUUUAUAUGCCCUCUCUUGUCUGCUUUGAGAAAACAGAAAAAGGAUAUUGGUUUUUAGCCAGCUGUUGAAAUUACUGCCAGAGCGUGUUUUUCAAGCCUUCUACCUAAAAGAGAAACUUUUGUGCUUUGACUUGUUCUGAUGUGGGAGCCACUGCCCACCAGCUCCAUCAUUUCUGAGCAUCAUGGGUGAUUAUCACGUCUCUUUUGAAGCACAUGACCAGCUCAUUUGGAGCAUUGCUUUUGACCUACUAAGAGAUUGGGCAUGCAUCCUGGAAUGUAUCCUCCAUUCCUGGAUUGCCAGCUGAGAUCCUUUCCUUGAAGAACCUCCUAUAAAUAUCUAGGAAACUCCAGGAUUGCACAGCACUCAUUUUAAAAAGCAUUGCUCUAACACAGGAAUGCAGAACCUCGGGGCCUGAUGAUCUGGUGGUUUCCUGGCUUUUGUGCAAUUUUCCCCCACUCUAAAAGGACAGCGUGCCUUUCAGAAGGCUUAGUCACUGGCAGGAAAGCUGCAAGCUAAAACUCACUGGCAAGUUGCCUGGACUGAUUUCCAGGGUAAAUCCAGUGCCUGAGUUCACAUGACAUGGCAAACCCGCCUGGCUUAAAAAAUGAGGGAUGGUGUUGUGUGAACCCACAAUGGUUCAUUCAAGGUGACUUAUAAUCCUGCUCUAAGACUUCUUCUGCGGUUUAGGAGCCACCCCUGGACCUGGCAUGUUUUCUGAACCCAGAUAUUACAACAAGCUCAAAGAUGGCCCAGACAGCUGCUAAGUUACUUGGCAAAAAGUUGUUCUGGCCAGAUCCCAAUGACAGCUGUCCUAAAGUGCCCAAGUUAGCUGAUGCUGCUAUCCAAGUGGAUUUGCUUGGAGCUUCCUCCUUUGGGCCAUCAGAAACAAUGAACCAGCUGAAGCCAUCUUUCUUACCGGAGUCCCCACUGGCCAUUGUGUGCCAGCAAUAUGACCACAGAGUCAUGCUCUGUUUGCUCUCCUUUAUAGGAGGCUGAGCAGAGCAUGGCUUGUCCCCACUCCAUUGCUGAGCAGCUACAGCUCUGGGUGGAAGGGUGCACUCUGCUUAAUCCUCUACAGAAGGCCAGGCACAGCUCAGCUCCUGGCUGCCUGAUGUCACCACCAGAUGGGAGUAAAGCAUCAGAAUGGUGCUGCUGAUGAUCUUGGAGAAGGAAGCCACAGUGUGGUGCCACUGCCAAAAUCAGGAUCAAUGUCAAAAGCCCUCACUGCUACUCAUGAGGUCUACUCAUGAGUUGGGGUGAGGACUGUGCUCCUGUGGGGUCUCCUGGGAUACUUUUGGUAGGACUGUGGAGAGGAAUUGGCUCAAGACUCCUGCUGUGCCUGGUAAUUUUGUCUGGCUAUCCUGGACCCUAGACUAAGCCACACCAGGGAAGUCCAGCAUCUGUCUUCUUUUUCCAGAGCCACAGUGACUACAGGUUAACAAGCCAUGAUCAUUAAUAUAUUUAUAGUAUUAUCUUGUAGAUGCCUGCUUGGAUGUAAGAUCCACUGAAUUCAGUGGCACUUACUCUCAGGUUAGUGGGUGUAGGAUCCCACCUUUGAUGUCCAUGUAUCAAUUGCACUUCUAUUCAGAUUAGAAGACAUUGAAGAGAACUGGAGAGAAGCUAUUGGGGCAGAAAUAAACUACUUUUCAUAUGCAAGUUCUACUUUGUUUAGGAGAAUGUGGACAGAUUAGAAUACAUUUCAUUCCUUUGCAAUAUGACUGUUUACCACUGAAUGAAGAAGGAAUUCUUUCCUUAAAAAGUGGGACAGAUGAAGCUAAUUAUUUCCAUGUAUCCAUCUGAAUGAAAAAUGUCUCCUUAUGGAAAGAAUAUCAUAUGGACUGCUAUAUGUAAAAUAGUUCAGAAUAUAGUUUCUGAAUGAUGGCAACAAAAAUCAUGGUUUUGUGAGUAUGCAUUCUCCGUCUUGUCCAGUGAAAGCACCAAGCACCCUGCUGAACAGAACAAUAGAGAAGUUAGACAGUGGAGGGAGAGCCUUGAUGUAAUUCAUUUCUGUCUAAAUGGUAUGGGCUUGAGCUGGCUUGGAAAUGAGUCAAUUCACCUGAUCCCAGUACCUUUCAAUCUUUGUUACUUUACCAGUAUUCUUAGCAUCCCAUGCGGAUUUGCAAGCUGGGGAGAGAGUGCAACACACCUGCUUUGCAGACAGCAGGCUCCAGGUUAAAUCUCUGGUAUCUCGAGAUCAGACUACAUAGCAGAGGAGGGCUGGUGCCAGAAAGAUCAUACAUUACCAGGCUAAAUCAACACAUAAACUGAUCUAAGGCAGUUUCUUAUGUUUUUUUCCACUGGAGACUGAUCUCUUCAAGGUGCUUUUAUCAGCACUACCAGUAACUAACUCGAUAUAGGCCUUUAUCAAUAAAAUACUGGAAUUGGUGUAUACAUGAUUUAUAAUAUUUUCUGAGCUGCAACAAAAUGUUAAUGUUUGCUUAUGUCAAAAAGCAUUAACUGAUGCAAAUAGUGGAGGCAACAUAAACUUCCAUGAGUACCCAGAACCAGUAGGUCUUGCAUAGAAAACCAAUUGGAGCUAAUGGUAAAUAUCUGUGAUUAGCCUAGUUGUACCCCUGAUGCUUGUCUUCGUUCAGCUAAUGAGGACUUAACUGCAGUGCUUGUGUGAAGGAAAGCCUUUAAUUUUAUCAAACCACCCUAAUAUUGAUCUAUUCCUGGAAAUGGUGAAUCAUAGGGGUUCUAUACACAAAGUGCAAAAUGGCAUAGAGAUUAUUGCUUGCAAUUGCCAGUUUGGAGCUCAAAGACUUAUCUGGCCAAAAUAUAGUACCUGGAGCUGGAGUGAAGAAACUAGGAUUCUAUCCACCUCCCUUCACCUUCCCCAUUUCUCCCAAUCUUUUAAUGGUUCCCAUCUUUUGGUCAGUAUAAAUGGAUGAAGAGACCAGAAUGUAUCAAAGCAAACAAAGCAGAAGGUUUACAACAUGCCAGUCUCACCAACAUUUGACUUAACUACUUAAAGAUAUUAUUAUAAGGAGGUGUCUUACCAAAUUUGCAUGCUCCAGGGAAUUGCCACUGACCUGCAUAAAAUAUGGGAAUAUCCUGUGGGAAAGAAAGUAGAAACUAACUCUGGAAUACACAAUCUGAUCUAAAGGUGUGGGCAUCUUCCCAUGAGUAGGCAGAGGCCCAGCAGCCACAGGGUCCUGAUUUACUGUAUGCAAGAGGGCAGCUCUCGGUGUACAUGCAUGCCAAGGACUGGUCCACACAUGGCAGCUUCCAAAUGUGUGGGAACCCUGGUUCACUUUACCCAUGUCGGAAAAAGUACUUUGCUGGGCUGCAUGUGUGUAUGAGCAAGAAGCUAGAGAGGAACAAAGAGUUAUCCAUCUUUCUGAAGUACAGAGGUUCUUUACUCUCUGAGCUACUUAAUUGGAAGACACUAGAACUGAUACUUAGUGCAGGAGCAAAGGAUACAUACAUAGCUAGGGAUGAGUAAGAAUUUAAUUGGGUUUGCUGAUAACUCAUCAAUGUCUUCAUAAACAGGAUGAAAAGAACUAACAAUUUAAACAAACUGAAUGUGAGAGAAAGUAAAAGUGACAUUUGUCCACCCCUAUUCAGGGUAUGAAUCACAACACAAAGUUAAAUGGGUAUUCUUAGGAGGAGGCAGUCUUUAUAACUCCCUGUAUAUUGUGAAUUUUUGCUUAAGAAAUUUGUAAUAAACCCUUGAUAUUGUCAUUGUUGGCUAAAUAUGUAUGUAGGUGUGCAUAUGGAUAGACAUAGUUUGACAUCUUCACAAUUUGUGUUUAUGUGUUCCAGUUUAAUCCACCUACUCAUUUUCCAUUUUAGCAAUACUUUAAAAUUCAACUUCUAGCCUAUUUAAAAUUUCAUCCUAA